AUAACUCGGAUUAUUAUGGACUGAAGUUCUAAGACUGCGUAAAAUUGCUCAAACUCUGACCAACAUCGGAACCAAAGGAUUUCUUAGAUUUAAUGUCUGAGAAUGCAUUCUUUUUUAGUUAUUGUGUGUGCAUUUUUGUUCCAGUCUAUGGAUUGUACGGAAACAGGGCCAUAUCAGCACGGCUUUCCUAUAGGUGCCAUAUUUGAUUGGAGUGAUGUAUACGCCCGGACUGGAUUCCACUACGCCAUGAAUAAGAUACUACAACAGAAAAAGAACCAAUUUAACUUCUCCACAAUUAUUGAGGACGUCUCCAUACACGAUAGUUUCCAGCUGAUCCAAAAGAUUUGUGGACAUUUGUCAAAUGGAGUCUUCGCUCUGGUAGGCUCGCAGUCUCAAAUUUCUCAAGAAGUCCUGGACUCCUACACACGUGUGUUUCACAUGCCUUAUCUAAGCCCCAACACAGACAACGCUCCGCAUCAGACCAAACCAUUCUCCAUCUUCAUGAAGCCAGAUACAACCCGCGCCAUGGCCUCCAUUAUAACUCAUUAUAAAUGGAUGAAAUUCUGUUACAUUUACGACACAGAUUCUGGUUUAUCACGACUUAUGGAACUGAAGCAGCUGUUAAAAGACAACGACUUUCAGUAUGCGGAAGUGACGUCAAGACGUCUCAAGAGCUUACAUGACGCCCACAAGGACCUUAGAACGCUGGAUGAAGAACAUGGACAUUUAAACGACACUAAUCCAAUCCAUAUUGUCUUUGAUUUAUCGAAUGAAACUGCUUACGAUGCGGUUUUACAACAGAUACGAAAUGUCGGAAUGAAUAAAAAAGGAUAUUCAUAUUUACUUGGCAGUUUGGAUAUAGUAAACCAUGGAUUGGAACGAUUUUCUCAUGGUGGUGUUAACAUCACAGGAUUUCAACUAGUAGAUCAUCAGUCAAAAAAUGUCACAAAUUUUCUGAAGGAAUGGAGAGAAUUACCAGUCUCUAUUUGGAAAGGGGCCGGGGAAACAGUCAGGGUGGAAUCUGCUCUCAUGGUCGACACAGUGAGCCUUCUGCGUGAAACCAUUCAAUCAAUGAUAAAUAACAAUUCUGAAAUCUUCAGAUCUACAUUUAGAAGAGCAAAAGUAUACAAUUAUGACUUUACUCAAGGCAUACCCUGUACUGGAAAUAGACCAUGGAUGCAUGGAUUAAAUAUAAUGAAGAAUCUAAAAAAGGUUUCCAUUAAAGGACUUACUGGUGACAUAUUUUUAGAUGAACACGGACACAGAUAUAAUUAUACUUUUGGCGUCUACAGAGUGGAGUUCAAACAAAAUCCAACAAAGAUAGGCAGAUGGAUAGACAAUGUCGGCUUCGUCCCCGAGGGAACCAAUAUAACACAAGAGACAGAAGAUGACGGGCUGAAGACCUUGGUCAUCACCAGUAUUUUUGAGAGGCCAUUUCUUCAAUAUAAAAAGGAAUAUGAAAAUCCGGAAAACAGACGAAAAGUGAAGAACCCAAACGACCUGUACGAGGGUUACUGUGUGGAUCUUAUUGCUGCUGUUUCGGAAAUGUGUGGAAACUUCAAGUACACAAUAAGACCAAAUAAAGACUCUGUGUACGGAACCAAAGAAAAUGGGACAUGGACUGGCUUAAUUGGAGAACUUGUUCAGGGGAAAGCAGACUUAGCAGUUGCUCCCCUGACAAUAACAAAACAAAGAGAAGAGGAUAUAGCUUUUUCUAAACCAUUCAUGAAUAGUGGAAUAAGCAUAAUGAUCAAAAAACCUGAGAUUCAGAAACCCGGGGUCUUUUCUUUUCUGAAACCAUUUUCCAUCCCCCUUUGGAUGUGUAUAAUAGCAGGAUAUUUCUGUGUCAGUGUUGGGAUGUUCAUCGUCAGUCGUUUUAGUCCAGCGGAAUGGAGACGGAAGUGUUUACGAAUGGAUAAUGGUGUCGUAAAUAAGUUCACAUUAGAAAGCUCACUUUGGUUUACCAUGGGGGCACUGAUGUUACAGGGUAGCGACACAUGUCCAAGGUCUGUAGCUGGACGUAUUAUAGGGGGAACCUGGUGGUUUGCUGUUUUGAUUGUCAUUUCAUCCUAUACGGCAAAUUUAGCAGCAUUUCUCACAAUAGACAAACUAUUAACUCCAAUUCAAAAUGCUGAUGACCUCGCAGCCCAAACAGAAAUAACUUACGGUACACUGUCUUCUGGAUCUACGCAAUCUUUUUUCAAGGAAUCAAAAGUUCCAACAUAUCAAAAAAUGUGGGCGUACAUGUCCACUGCUUAUCCAAGUGUUUUUGUCAAGACGACAGAGGAAGGUGUUCGAAAAGUCCGAGAUAUGAAAGGGAAGUAUGCUUUUCUAUUGGAAUCGGUAUAUAAUGAAUACUUUAGUCAGAGGGAACCGUGUGACGUUAUGCAAGUUGGUCCGCCACUCAACACCAAGGGAUAUGGUAUCGCAACUGCAAAAAGUAGAAAACAUCAAGAACUAACGGAAAUGGUAUCUAUAGCAAUACUUCAAUUGAAAGAAAAUGGAUCUUUGAUAAAAAUGAAAAGGCGGUGGUGGAUUGAGAAAGGAGAAUGUGGUGUUCAGGAGGAAAACCAGAAACAGGGUAGCAAGAAGAAGAAGAAAUCACUUUCAUUAAGUAAUCUGGCCGGGGUUUUCUUCAUUCUUAUAAGCGGUCUUGUUUUUUCUAUCAUUCUCGCAGUUAUUCAUUUCCUACGAUCGAGGUCCAACAGUAAACAAGGGGGGUUUCUUAUGCUUGGGAAUGACAAUACAAGUAUGUAUCCUGAAUAUACUACAUAUCCUAUAGGAGAACAUAGCAAUGGAAUGAGUCCAAAAGUGCCUAAAGGGAUUUUAUCCAACUCUGACAAGUUUGCCACGAACGAUGAGUCAAAUCACAGAGUCAACCACAUUCAUGCUACCAGUCUUCUUUGACACGUGUGAUUAAUUUUAUAUAAACUACACGUAUUUUAUUUUUAUUCUUUACAUUUUUAACACCUCUUAUCUAUAAUAUUUUAAUAAACUUAGCAAGCCCAUCGAUAAAAUGUUAAUGAAUUCUAACCAAACCCUCAAAUAUUUCCCCACAUGGUCAAAUUGUAUGAUUGUACUCUGACUGUUAGUUUUUUAUUCAUU